UGGAUUGUUGGAGUCGAUCAUUCACGACUCCGGUGGCGUGCACCCACAAUGCAACGCGGCUCCUCUCCGUACGCCGCGCGGUCCACGCAGAGGCUGUAAGCCCCCCACGGGAGAGACGUCACCAGGCUGGGGCGCAUCAUCGAGCCGAGUCCCGCCGAGGACGUCAGGAUCGCUUUCUUCCCCCUCCGAAGGCGAGAUGCUCCUCGGCGGCCAGAGGAGAGGACGCGUGCAGCGGCUCCGCCAUCCGAGCUCCGGCAAGACGGGAGACAUGAGCGCCUCGUAGCCGCCACAUGAGCGCCUCGUAGCCGCCACUCGUCACUCGCCCUGCGUGCCAGCAUGCCUGUCAGGAGGGGACACGUCGCGCCACAGAACACCUUUCUGGGAAUUAUCAUCCGCAAAUUCGAGGGUCAGAACCGCAAGUUUGUGAUCGCCAACGCCCGGGUGGAGAACUGCGCCAUCAUUUAUUGCAACGACGGCUUCUGCGAGAUGACGGGCUUCUCCAGACCCGACAUCAUGCAGAAGCCCUGCACCUGCGACUUCCUGCACGGCCAGCACACGGAGCAGGAGGCCAUGGAGCAGGUGGCCCAGGCGCUGCAAGGCUCAGAGGAGCGCAAGGUGGAGAUCGCCUACUACCGCAAGGACGCUCCAGCUCUGGCAGCUUGGCAGAGGAAGACCCUGGCACCCAUGCAAAGGCACGCUGGCAAGAAGAGACCUGCAUAUAUACAACACGUUAUGGAAGAUAACAACUACAACGUGGCUGACGGGGAGAAGACGCUGUCGAAGUGGAGGCACGUGAAUGACUGGUGCAAGGAUGAGCAGAAGGAGUGUGGAGAGAAGCAAGCUGACACGGGUGGACAGGAGGAAGAGGACAUGGUGGAGGUCUGA